CUCCCUCUUUCUUUCUCCACUCUGUCUUUUUCACUCCCUCACUCACUCGCUACAUUUCAGUGUGCAGUGCGGAGCACUCCAGUACCCAGAGGCACACAGAAUGCGAGGAAUCCUCCUUCCCGGCAUAGAGAGGCAGCCGCGCUAACAGAAGCGAGAGAGAGAGAGAGAGAGAGAGAGAGAGAGGGGGGAGAUAGAAUAGAGGAAAAGCAAGACGGGAGCGCUGAAAGCCGACGCGGUUCAGGAGCUGGAGACCUGGACUUGCCCCCUGUAGGGUGAGCGGCGUCCCAGUGUUCUGAUCGCCUCUCCAUCCCAGUGCGGCGGGGGUGAUGGGGUGGGUGCAGGGGCUCAUGCCUAGCCUGUGUGCCCUGCUCUGGCUGCGGCUGCCGGGCCGAGUGGACCCUGCCGUGCCCUUGGAGGACUUCUACCCAUUUGGCCAGGAGUGUGGGGACUCUCAGACCGAUAGGCUGGAUGACGGAGGCUCAGGACUGGUGGGGAUCUCGGUGGCGUUCCCCUUCUUUGGAGAUCGGCACACAGGGCUCUAUGUCAACAACAACGGGCUGGUGUCCUUCCUGAGGGAAGUGUCCCAGUUCACCCCAGUCGCCUUUCCCAUUGCUGGAGACCGCAGGGCGGUGGCGCCCUUCUGGGCCGAUGUGGACAACCGGCGGGCGGGCGAGGUUUUCCACCGGGAGAGCAAAGAUCCUGGCAUCCUGAAGAGAGCCACCGAAGACAUCCAUCGCUAUUUCCCAGAAUUCCCCUUGUUUGUGGCCACGUGGGUCCUCAUCGCCACUUGGCACUGUGUCACGUUUUUUGGUGGAAGUUCAACCACUCCGGUGAACACAUUCCAGGUAGUACUCAUCACAGACGGAGACCUCUCGUUCACCAUCUUCCAGUACCACAACAUCACCUGGACCACGGGCAUGCAUGCCAGCAGCGGGGGGGACGCAGCUGGCCUGGGGGGCAUUGCCGCACAGGCAGGUUUUAACGCCGGCGACGGGAGGCGCUAUUUCAACAUCCCGGGGUCUCGCACUGCUGAUGUCGUGGAGGUGGAGACCACAACAAACGUGGGCUAUCCCGGUCGUUGGGUGUUCCGCAUCGAUGACGCCCAGGUGCAGGUGGGCAGCUGCAAUGAUUCAGCUUCAGUCUGCCCACACCUGAGGCCGUGCCUCCACGGAGGUCGUUGCAUCGAUGACUGCAUCACGGGAAACCCUUCCUUCACCUGUUCCUGUUUAGCAGGCUUCACUGGCCGCAGGUGCCAGAUAGAUGUCGACGACUGCUCCUCCCAGCCCUGUCAGAACGGAGGCUCCUGUCUAGAUGGACAGGGAAGUUUCGCCUGCCUGUGUCCACUGGGCUUUACAGGAAGUCUUUGUGAAACAGACAUAGACGAGUGCCAAGAGAAUCCAUGCCUCAAUGGAGCAAAGUGCACGGAGGACGUUGGGAGUUUCACCUGCGUGUGCCAGGCGGGUUUCGCGGGGUCUGUGUGUGAGACAGACAUAGACGAGUGUAAGUCCAUGCCGUGUAUGAACGGAGGUGUGUGUGCGGACCAGGUGAAUAACUACACCUGCAUCUGCGCGGCUAACUUUACUGGACGCCACUGUGAGACAGAAUUAGUGGUCGUGACCGAUUCCUCUACUAGUGAUACCACAAACCAGACAGUUUCCUGUGAGGAAGAAGGAAGUUGCGAGAGCCAUCACACCUGUAGCGAUGCCAGCCCUGGGAGCUACAACUGCACCUGUAAGCCGGGUUACUACGGCGACAACUGCGAAGAAGAGUGUCCCUGCCAGAACGGAGGUGUCUGUGUUGAUGUAAAUGGCACCUGUGAAUGUCCAGCAGGCUUCACUGGACUCUACUGCCAGUUUGAGGUAACACAGACUCCCUGCGGUAACAACAGACCGUGUCCAGACGGGGGGCCUUGUUUGGAAUACGGCGGCACAUAUCUUUGCACGUGCCAGACCGGCGCUGACUUCGACCACAGGGACUUCUACCCUUAUGUACAGCCCCGAUCGGCCUGCGACUCGGCGCCGUGUCGGAACGACGGCUACUGCUACGAGCGCGACGGAGGAUACAGCUGCGAGUGCAGACGCGGCUACACGGGACAGAACUGCGAGACAGUCAGAUUAAGUAUGUGUGCCUCCAGUCCCUGCCGAAACGGAGGCUCCUGUAAGGAAGAAGCCGAGAGUUACCGCUGUGUGUGUCCCUACCGGUUUACAGGGAGACACUGCGAAGUGGGAAAGCCAGACCCCUGUGCCUCCGGUCCCUGUAUAAACGGCGGAACAUGUUUCCACUACAUCGGCAAGUACAAGUGUGAGUGCCCAUGGCCCUUGAUGGGAAAGCACUGUGAGAUCAACCUAGGAGUCAACCCAGCUUUGCACGACUGUGGCCCCCCUGCUAGUGUGAAGAAUGCUGAGGUGCGGUUCUCCUCCACCCGCCGGGGCGCCACGGCUGUGUACACAUGUCACCCAGGCUACACCCCCGUCCCCAAGGCCACGCAGAGCGUCUGUAGCCGCCAUGGCUCCUGGACCCAGCCCCCGGCCUGUGAAGAAAUAAACGAGUGCCUGUCCCAGCCGUGUCUGAACGGAGGCACGUGUCAGGACCGCGUGGCCUCCUUCCUGUGUGAGUGUGGAUCCGGCUUCGCGGGCCAGCGCUGUCAGACAGAUCUGGACGAGUGCUUGUCGGAGCCGUGUAAAAACGGCGGCACGUGUGCGGACCAACCAGCAUCCUACUACUGUCACUGCCGGCAGGGUUACACAGGACAGGAUUGUGGGAUAGUACAGACUGGCUGUGGGACCAAGCCCUGUCUGAAUGGAGGUGUGUGUCGGGGGUACAGGUGGAGUCACCUGUGUGUGUGUAAAGAGGGCUACACUGGGGAUCGCUGCCAGACCUUGGACAACCCAUGCAUACUGCAGCCGUGUGGGAACCGAGGCUUUUGUCGCAGUGACAGGAGAGGAAAUUACAGUUGCGCCUGCAGGGUGGGACAUACAGGCCGGGAUUGUGAGAGAGACCUGCUGCCUCCGUCGGGCCUGCACGUGCUGCGCGUGGAGGAAAGCGAGGUGGAGCUGCGCUGGGAUCGGUCCGACGUCACGCAGAGCCCGGUCAGCAACUUUGCGGUGGCCUACGGCCCGUUUGGACAGGGCCCGCGGAAGACGGCCGUUCUGGAGCGCCACCACUCCAGCUACGUGCUGCGGGGGCUCAGUCCCGGCCAGCUCUACAACAUCUCCACCUUCUCCAUGAAGAGGAACACCAACAGCAACGACAUCAGCCAGCCCGCCUUCGCGCUCAUCCGCACGCGGCCACGUAAGGUGGAGCAGCUGCAGAUGGUGAACAUCUCCUCUUCCCAGGUGUGGUUGCACUGGUUGGUGCCGGGGGGCCAGAAUGCCGGCGUGAGCCUGGCACGGGUGUCUCUGGUGCCCUCGGACGGAAGUGUACCCCGCACCGCCGUCCUCGAUGCCAGCGUUACGGAGUACACCUUCAGCUCUCUGAUCCCAGGUCAGAUGUACACUGUAGAUGUGCUGACCCAGAGUGGAGUCCGCCCUGAUGACCUGCCCUCCACUAGCCAUUCUGCCGGCCUGCUACACUUCUGGACAAGACCCCUACCACCCCAGAACCUCUCCCUCUCCCACGUGACCGCCACAUCUGCCCGAGUCACAUGGGACCGGCCUCCCCGGAGCAUUCCGGAUGGCUUCGUGGUGAACGUCACACGUGGUCUGAGCACACGCAGCCGCUACCUGUCUGACGGAGGUCUGGGGUCAUACACCAUGCAGGAACUGAGUCCAGGACAACACUACCGACUCGCCCUGACUGCUGUGCGCAACACGGGACAGGAGCAGAUCCACAGCAUGGCCCAGCACUUGGCCUUCACCACACUACCACUGGAGGAGCAGCAGGAGGACGCAGAAAAGGCUCAAAGGGGUCGGGCCGUCCCACGAGGCCACACCUUGACCCAGGCCAAACUCCAGGAUCUGGGCACAGAUAACGACAGGGAGCGCUCUGAAGACGUGCCAAAAUACACAGAGCUGAUUGAUGGCAGAGGAAGGAUAACAGCCAAGUUCACCAACUUGCCUCGUAAACCCAUUCGCCACCGCGCAAAACCCGAAUCUCCAGUCAAGUUAGAAAGGUUGGAGGAAACUACCAAUAAAAUCAGCCUGGCUCUCGAGAUCCCGGAAGACGUGACAAGGAGGAAAACAGAGUCGCAGCAUGUCUGCAGGGCUCAGCCAUGUCAGAACGGGGGCACGUGUGUACAAGGCAGUGACUCCUUCACUUGUGACUGCCCAGCGGGCUUCAAAGGCAGACACUGCGAGCUGUCCUGCCAACGAUUGCCGCACCCCUGUACCCGCCUCUACUCCGAAACGAAGAGCGUGCCCGUCUGGGAGGACGGAGUAUGCCAUUAUCUGUACAAAAGAACAUAUAAGGUACAGCAGGAUGUUUGUUUUAGAGAAAUAUGUGAGCCCCUGCUCCCUAAGAAACCCAACCGAAGCACUCAGAGACAGUAGUAAAGGAGGCCGGGUGUAUAGUAGCUCAGUGACACGGGCGUUUUUUGGCACAAACACAGUCCAUGGAAUCAAAAAUGCUGACUGCUUUCCGACUAGCUCACUGACUGAGCAGUUUUAUGCGAAGGUGUUCGACACCUCCCGCGCUGUGGAUCAUCAUAUCCCACACAUUCUGACAGUUACCCUGCAUCAAAAUAGCAUACCUCAAAUGGAAAUGGUUUGUGAUAUUGACACCAAGUGGCCGUGCAUCCCUCAGGGAUUUUUUUUUUCUUUCUUUAAAUGGUCACCUGUUGCAUCUCCCUCUGUUAGAACUGCUACAGCUGUGGAAAACCAAAUCUCUCUUCCUCGUCCGCAUAACAUGAGCCCACACAAAUACUGGGCCAGCGAUACAUUUGACUGUUUGAAGCAAACAUCUCUGCUAGCUAUCAUGUAAAUAGUGUUUAUAGGUUUGUUUUGUGGCUGAAUAUUUUAAUAAUAAAAUGGUUAAAAUUUG